AUGGGAUUUUGUUGAAAAUAAUGGCACGAUAUCCAAGGACAUGAACCGUAUUGAAGCUUUUCGUAUAGGAUUAAAUACAUGGGCUAAAUGGGUUGAGAGAGAUAUUAAUACAACGAAAACCAAAGUAUUUUAUCAAGGAGCAUCAGCCACACAUUACCAUGGAACUGAAUGGGGUGAGCCAGAAGUAAGAGGAUCAACAUACCCAAGUGGAUUACCAAUUCCUGUGGACAUAGUGAAACAAGUAUUAAAGAACAUGUCAAAGCCAAUAGUAAAUUUACUUGACAUAACAAAGCUAACGCAACUAAGAAAAGAUGGACAUCCAAGUAUAUACAAUGUAUUAAUUGGGUCAUCAGAAGCAAAUGGUUGUGAUUUAUUUGAAGGAAAUUGGAUUAUUGAUAAUUCAUAUCCAUUGUAUGAUUCAAAAGCUUGUCCAUUCAUAAGAAGGGAAUUUGAUUGCAUCAAAUUUGGAAGAACAAAUCUUGAUUAUCUCAAAUAUAGAUGGCAGCCAAGUAAUGGUUGUGUCUUGCCAAGAUUUGAUGGCAAAGAUUUUUUGGAAAAAUUCAGAGGAAAGAAGAUAAUGUAUAUUGGGGAUUCUUUGAGUCUUAAUAUUUAUGAAUCCCUUUUGUGCUUGCUUCAUGCUGCUGUCCCACAAGCUAAAUAUAAUCAUGUAAUACUUAGAGAAAAUGUCACUGUCACAUUUCUGGAUUAUGGAGUUGAAAUAGUAUUAUUUCAUUCGAAUCUUUUAGUGGACAUUGAAGUUGAAAAAAUUGGACGUGUAUUGAAACUAGAUUCAAUUAAAGAUGGGCAAAUUUGGAAGAAUUUUGACCUUUUGAUAUUCAAUACUUGGCUUUGGUAUACAAGAAGACCACCAGGACAACAGUGGGAUUUUGUUGAAUAUAAUGGCAAAAUAUUGAAAGACAUGGAUCGGGUCGAAGCUUUUUGGGCUGGGCUAAAAACAUGGGCCAAAUGGGUUGAAACAGAUGUGGAUACAGCAAAAACCAAAGUUUUCUUUCAAGGAACAUCUCCGGCCCAUUACCAUGGAUCAGAAUGGGGUGAACCAACAGUGAACAGUUGCUUGAAUGAAACAACUCCAGUCAAUGGAUCAACAUACCCAAGUGGCUUACCAAUUCCUGUGGACAUAGUGAAACAAGAAUUACAGAACAUGUCACAGCCAAUAGUAAAUUUACUUGACAUAACAAAACUAUCACAACUAAGAAAAGAUGGACAUCCAAGUAUAUACAAUGGAAAUCAUGGCUUGGAUUGUACACAUUGGUGCAUUGGUGGAGUUCCUGAUACUUGGAAUCAAAUUCUUUAUGCUUCUCUACUUUGAAAAAUAAAUAAAUAGAUUUAAGUAUCAUUUUGUUAACAUAUAGUGGAAUAAAUUAACAUAUGCAAUUAUUCUUAACUUAAAUAUGAUGAUGAGUUGGGAGCAUAGGAGCCGCUUCUAUGGUUCCAU